AUGAAAUCGUUCCACCGAGCGACCCGUCACGAGCAUGGCGCGGGUGCCAGCGCGGGAGCCAACCAUGGGAUGAACCUGGAGAUGAGCCUGGGGAUGAGCCUGGAGAUGAGCCUGGAGAUGAGCCUGGAGAUGAGCCUGGAGAUGAGCCUGGAGGUGAGCCUGGAGGCCGAGCAGGCCAAACUAGAAGACCAAGGAAAACCAAAGCGACAUGGCCAGAGAGGCUUGCCCAAAAGCUGCUCGGAGUAUCGUGUCAGGCUGAGAUGGACGGCUAGCAAUAGCACUUGGACUGCGCCGAUACACAACGCCACUCCAUCCAACGGCCGCAAACUCUUUUCAGAGUUGCCCUCCGGCUUUCUGAGGGACCUCCUUCGGCACCUUCUUGUCUUUGACGGCAAGCCUGUUCACUGCGUUUCGCGCCUCGACCCCCACUGCACCUCGGGCUUCCGCCUAGACUUGCCCGCUGGUAUGGCGGCGCUUGACACGCAGGGCACUGGAUUGAACCUGCUACACCGCUUCCUUAUUGGCAACGGCUCAUUCAGUCUCACCUGCGAGAUCCCCCCCAAGGUGCUGCUGGCCCCCCUCGCGGGUCGCUUUGCGCAGGGAAUCGGUAACCGACUGCAGAGAGUCCAACUGAUCAGCCUCUUCUGGAUUGGCAAUCAAGAUGUCUGCUACGCCAAGAAUGGUCGUGGCAAGUACACUUCGCGCCGCACGCACGCGCUCAGCUACUUUCCCCAGGCCAUCCGUGCCAAGCAUAUUGAGCUCUACUUUCGGGAGAGCGACCCUUGGUAUAUGCGCAGAAAGCACGAGCCGCGCGGCAUGAUACUCUACCACAAGGAGCAGUCCCUCAAUCAACCAGACAUGCGCCUGCUGCGAGACAUGCACACUGUGCAAGGCCUCAUGAACAUCAAAUGUCUGCGGGGAGUUCACUCCAUCAGGUUCUACGACUACGAUCAGUACGACCAAAAUGGGGAAAAGGAAGUUUGCAUACGCAACCACAACUUUGUCCGGCAGGUAAAUGAGGAGACGGAGCGCGACAAGGCCCCCCAAAAGAAGAGGCUUGCGGAAUUUCAAAACCUUGGUCCUCUCGUCGCGUCUCGACCCAGUACCGCGGAUUUUCUUUGGGUCAAGAACGCAAUUAGGAUGGAGAGAGAGAGGAACGGAGACCGACCGGAGGAUGAGCCAGAGGAUGAGAUGGAUGACGACAGCCAUGGCUUGACUCCCGGUUUCAAUGGCAACAAUGGAGCAGACAACGAUGACAAUGACAGCGACGGUGACGGACACUACCCUCGCGGAGGCAAACAGUGCGCCCGAUACGCCAAUGGCGCAACUUCGACUCAGGCCCGUGUUGUUGAGGUCGGAGAUGACGAUGAUGCGAUCAUGGACGACGCACCUUGGGAAGAAAACCAGGGCGAUGACGAGAUGAGCGACAACGAGCAGGAUGGCGACAAUGACGGCGAUGCGGUCAUGGGCGAUGCUAGCCAAGACGAAUAUGAGUUCGACGAUGGCUACGACGAUGAAGAUGGCUACCAUGGCGCCCCCCUCCACCCCCCUCCCCGCCCUGCCGCUCCAGGCGGACACAACGACGCCUCUCCUUCGCUCUUCAUCGACGGAGUGUCGCCCCAGCGAGACCCGAACCCGGGACAGUCGCAGCCGGCUUACCGAUUCUCCCCGACCGAGGGCUUCGCCACUACUACUGCCGCCGCGGCCGCCCCCGGUGAGGUGGGCGAGCAGAGUCUCUUUGUCGAGGACCACGAUGCGGAUGACGCGGAGCAAGGUGGUGCGCCUGUCGUCGGUCCACCGCCGCAACAGGCCUGGGAGAACACACCGUCUAGUGAUGAUGAGGACGACGAGGGCAAGAAGGAAGAGAGCACCUCGGAUGAUGAUGGCAGCGGCGAUGAGGAGAAGGAGGAAGAUGGUGAGGAGGAAGGUGGUGAGGAGGAAGGUGGUGAGGAGGAAGGUGGUGAGGAGGAAGGUGGUGAGGAUGAAGGUGGUGAGGAGGAAGGUGAUGAGGAGGAAGGUGGUGAGGAUGAAGGUGGUGAGGAGGAAGGUGAUGAGGAGGGCGAGGAGGAGGACCAGAUAUAA